AAAUGAUGGCACAGUCACUAUCACUCCAGAUUUCAGAUUAUUCAUAAAAAGCUGAUUUCCCAACAUAAAAGCUAUCAUCAUCACUAACUUUUCCACAAAUAAUUCCAUAAUCCUAAUUAGCAUAAUUAAUUUGUGAAUUAGCCACGCAUUUAAUAAAGUAAUUUAUUUAAUUCACGAAUUCAAUUAAUUAAAGGUGGACCAGGUGUAGGUGAGCCAGCUGUAGAGGAGCAUAUUAUGGAAGCCUUAAAAUAGGAAGAAAACCUCACUCCAAAGUCACUUCUGUUCAACUCUCUUUCUCUCUCUACUCUCUCUCUAGAGUGAAGUAGCAGUACCGGUAGUAGCUAAUUUUACGCCACCGAUUACUGUACGCGCUGAACGAAGCUACUUUACGCCGCCGAUUACCGUACGCGCUGUAUCUAAAACACGAAUGCGCGUGUCCGUUUGAAGAAAUUGGUCGGGUCGGAGUAUGGAUUCGCAAGGGGCGGCGGCGAUGAUGAACGACAGCGGAGGAGGAGGAGGAGGAGGUGUUUAUAACUUCGCGGAGAUCUGGCCGGGCUUUCAGAUGAAUGCCAAUGCGACGCCGUACGAUUUGGGAUUGGAUCCGAUGUUGACGGAUCAUGGAUCGAAUCGUAACCCGAGGAAGCGGCGGGAUGAAGAUGAGCACUGCGCUAAGGGAGGAGCUUCCACUAGCAACAGCAAUAAUGGCUGCAGCAGCAACAAUGUUUUGAAUGAAGGUGGUGUUAAAAAGCUGAAGGCAGUAGGGUCAAAUAAUGAUUUUGAAAAUAAAAUACAAGUGGAGGAAAAUUUGGACAAGGCAUCAAAACAACAGGCGAAACCAGCUGAGCCGCCGAAGCUAGACUAUAUCCAUGUUCGAGCAAGAAGGGGUCAAGCUACCGAUAGUCACAGUUUAGCUGAAAGAGCUAGGAGAGAAAAGAUAAGCGAGAGGAUGAAAAUGCUCCAAGAUUUAGUACCAGGUUGUAAUAAAGUUACCGGCAAAGCUCUAGUGCUCGAUGAGAUUAUAAAUUAUAUUCAAUCAUUGCAACGUCAGGUUGAGUUUCUCUCGAUGAAGCUUGAAGCAGUAAAUCCAAGCGAUGUCAUUGAUGGAUAUUCUUCAAAAGAGUUUGCUGAGCAAGCUUUCGAACCUCCUGGCAUUGCAUUCGGUUCUCAAAGUACGCGCGAUCAAUACGAUAGAGCCUCGUCACCAGAAUGGCUACACAUGCAGAUCGGUGGCGGCUUUGAUCGAACAUCAUAAGAAUAAAAAUAUAUAUACAUACACAAUAAUAACUUCUAAUUUUAUUGUAUCUUUGUCAUUACUAUUUGCAAAUUGGGGAUGUAAUAACAAAAGAUUUCCUUGCACAUUU